AAGAAGUAUUAAUUUAGAGAGAUUGCCAAGUGGCAAAAGUUAGAAGCGCGUGUCACAGUCAUCCUCGUGGUUUAGUUUGCAAAAAAGUAAUGCCCCUCACAAGAGGUUGUAUGGCAGAUCCCCACCUCCCCAUGUUACAACUUCUCCUCAACCUGUCCUUACCUUCCCCACAUUUUAUAAAACCCCAUAACCCUCUCUUCCUUUCUCCUAAUUCACUUCCUCAUCACACCCUUCAUUUCAUUUCCUCUCUUCCUCUUCCUUUCUUUCUUCACCCUUUUCAAUCUCAACUCAUAUCAUAACUAAAGGCACCAACAUGUGUAGUUCUAAGGCCAAAGUUACUGUUGGCAUAGAGGGUGUUGCUGCAGCUGCUGCUGCUGCUGCUGCAACCACCACUGUCAUGCCUUCUUCAGUGGCUAGAAUCAAUGGAAGGCCGGUCCUUCAACCCACUUGCAACCGUGUUCCAAACCUUGAAAGGAGGAAUUCCAUCAAGAAAGUGCAGCCACCAAAGUCACUUUCUCCACCCUCACCACCUCUUCCUAGCAAGACCUCAUUGACACCCCCAGUUUCUCCGAAGUCUAAGUCCCCAAGGCUUCCUGCAGUGAAGAGAGGCAGUGACAACAAUGGACUCAACACUAGCUAUGAAAAGAUUGCCAUCCCAAAAAGCUCCUCAAAAGCUCCAACUUUGGAGAGAAAGAAGUCCAAGAGCUUCAAGGAAGGGUCCUGUGCGCCAGCCUCUGUAGAGGCUUCCUUCAGCUACUCCUCCUCUUUGAUCACUGACUCCCCAGGGAGCAUAGCUGCUGUGAGGAGAGAACAGAUGGCACUGCAGCAGGCGCAGAGGAAAAUGAAGAUUGCCCAUUAUGGAAGAUCAAAGUCUGCUAAGUUUGAAAGAGUUUUUCCUCUUGAUCAUUCAACCACUGCUCUUACACCAAAGCCAACUGAGGAGGAGAAGAGAUGCAGCUUUAUCACAGCCAAUUCUGAUCCCAUCUAUAUUGCUUAUCACGACGAGGAAUGGGGAGUUCCAGUUCAUGAUGACAAGAUGUUAUUUGAGCUUUUAGUCUUAAGCGGUGCUCAAGUUGGAUCUGAUUGGACCUCAACCUUGAAGAAACGCCAAGAUUUCAGAGCUGCAUUUUCAGAAUUUGACGCGGAAACUGUGACCAACUUAACUGAUAAGCAAAUGAUGUCAAUUAGUUCUGAAUAUGGCAUUGACAUGAGCAGAGUCCGAGGAGUUGUUGAUAAUGCUAACCAAAUUUUAGAGAUUAAGAAAGACUUUGGAUCAUUUGACAAGUACAUUUGGGGAUUUGUGAAUCAUAAACCCAUCUCCACUCAAUACAAGUUUGGGCAUAAGAUCCCAGUGAAAACCUCAAAAUCAGAGAGCAUAAGCAAAGACAUGGUGAGGAGGGGGUUCAGGUUCGUUGGUCCAACAGUGGUUCAUUCAUUCAUGCAGGCAGCUGGCCUAACAAAUGACCACUUAAUCACAUGCCACAGGCACUUGCAGUGCACCCUAUUGGCAGCUCGCCCUCAUUGUACCAUAGAGUCCUCCCAAUAAAGCCAAUUUGAACUCAGAAAUAAGGAAAAAGAGAUUGACCCUGAAGAGCUCAAGACAUAAAUUAAGAGUUAUUAUGUAUGCUGAAGAUGGUGCAUAUAUAAUAAUGUGGCUAACAAUAGUUACUUUUCGGUUAAUGUUGUGUAUAAUAUUAGAUAGGACAAAAAGGUUUUCUGAUUUGUGAGAUGUUGUGAGAACUUUUGAUGACAGUUUGGGUGUGCUUUCAUUUGCAUGAUUAAUGAAAAAAAAAAGUGAUUAUAAGAGAGAAGAAAAAAGGGUUUAGGGAGGAGGCUUAGGGAACAGUGACCAUGUGCAUGUGCAAUUGGGAGGCAAGGGCAUGUGUGGUGUCAGUUUGCUUUCUAGACCAUGUGACCCAUCAGACUUUGCAUUAUUUGGUUCCCUUUAACAGCCUGUGUGUGUGUGAUACUUGUAAGAGGGGAUUGUAGGACCACCCUCCCCUCCCUUUUUCUUCUCUUGCUUUGUUUAUGGGGUUGUUAUCUUUACUGUAUUCUCUAACUUUUUGGCUUGCCUCAUAUAAAUUAUAUACCCCAAUAUAUUUUGGAGUUGGUGUGGA